CGUUGUGUUUUGGUCUCGUCGCUACCGUCGUGUUGCGCGUUUCGUCGACUCUGCUGUGUUUAUUUUAUUUGCGUUUGCGUUUGCGUGCACAACAACAAUAACAGCCAUCAACGUUCGUUAUUCAAUUUUAUUAAGCUAAUAGAAACAGUGUUCAACGCACGACAGUCUUUUUUUAACAGUUGUUUUUGUUUAUUGUGACCAGACAGCAGUGUUAAGGCAAAAAAAAAAAUAGCAAGAUUUGCUAUCAAAAUAUACAAACACUCAACCGAACAGCACGGUGGGUGACACAAGUGCGUUUGCGUUGCCAUUAAAUAGGGGUUGCGAAUUUUUCCAACACAGGUGCGCCUGUGUGUGUGUGUGUGCGUGUGCGAGUGUGAUUGUGUCUCUUAAAAGUAGCCCAUAACAAAAACAAACCGCAGUCCGACAGAGCCUGCUUUUAAUUUGAAAUCGCUCGCAAUAUCUUUGCCAGCCACCAAUAUCUAAGCCCCCCUGUGUGAAGACCGCACAAACCGCCCAGCACCGCCCCCCCCUCCCCAACUGCGUGUGCCGCGUGCCAUGCGUGACCUCGGCACCAAAAUGGCCGAGCUAAAAUUUGAGGCUCCAUUGGCGAAGUUCGAGGAGACGGACGAGUGGGGUGGCUGCGAUUUUAUUUCCAAUCAGAAUGCGCUCAACGAUACGCUCAAUUUGAACUUGAGCUCCAAUCGGAAUCAAAAGGAUGGCAACGCCAAGCAACAGCAGCAGGACAAGCUGCGUCUGCUCGAGGAUGCGGUGCGCGAUGCGCACAUCAGCAAAAAUGGCGGAGGCGGAGGAGGUGGAGGUGGAUGUGGCGCCGGUGCCGGUGCUGGUGCCGGUGCCGGUGCCGCCGGCAACAUAAGCCCCAAUUGCAAUACGCACAAUCUUGGGGAAUUGGGCCUGGCCGAUAUGUCGUCCGGUGGCCAGGAUAAACGCGGCGCUGACAAUGUGGACAACUUUACGGAGACUUUCGGCGGCAGUCUGGAGGAUUUGGUCAAUACGUUCGAUGAGAAAAUAACCAAAUGCUUCGGCAACUACGAGGAGAACGUCGAGGAGCUGGCACCGGUUCAGGUGCGCAGCCAGGAGGAGAUCAUGAAUGAAUGCCAAAUGUGGUGGACCAUAACUGGGAACUUUGGCAACAUUCUGCCCAUUGACUGGUCCAAGUCGUAUACACGCCAGAUGCACAUGCCGACCCUCAAUCUGGGUCAGAGCCGAACAAAGCAGCAGCAGCAGCAGCGCAACCAGCUGCAACAGCAGCAGCAGCAACAACAAAACCAACAACAACAGUCUAACACGCUGGAUGCACAAACGCCAGUGGAUGAGUUCAACGACUUGGCCAGCGAGGAUGAGGCGGUGGCCAACGACUUGGACAUGCAUGCCUUGAUAUUGAACGGCCUGAACGGGGAUGCCGACGAUCAUCCCAUCAAGACGGUGGAGGAGGUGAUCAAGGAAAUUGAUGACAUCAUGGAUGAGGCCGAGAGUCCGCUGGAUGAGCCCGAGACCUGUGAUUCGGAGGUCAUUGAGAAGGCGCGCGAGGUGCUCGGCGCCCCGCUUUAUGCAGAGAAAUUACAAUAUCUGAGCAGCACACAGCUGAACGAGCUGUAUAUGGAAAUGGAGAUGCUCAUCCAGGAGCUGAGCGAGACACUGAUCAAUGAGCUGGCGCUGCGCGACGAGCUCGAGUACGAGAAGGAGCUGAAGAACUCCUUCAUAUCCUUGCUGCUGGCAGUCCAAAACAAGCGUCGACAAUACCAUGUCGAGAAGAAGCGCGGCAAAUUCCAAGGUCCGGAGCCCAAGUAUUUGACCACUGUCAUACCGUAUCAUCUGGAGAAUGGCACACCCAACAAUCAGUCGCUGCAGGUGUUGAUCAAAAUACUCAAGGCUAUAAAUGAGGACAGUCCGACUGUGCCGACGCUGCUAACGGAUUACAUAUUGAAGGUGCUCUGCCCCACAUAAAUGACAACAACAACUACAACAACAACAACAAGAACAGCAACAAUAGCUACAGCAACAAUAUACGCUCUAUCUCUUUGUCUGUGUUUAAACGAUAUAUAUUAUUUAAUAAUUAGUUUAUAUUACUUAUAAAUGUACCACAUACGAAUAAUAUAUUCGAUAUGAUAUGAGCAAAAACGCCCUAAACGCAAACCCAAACUCUAUUUGUCAUAUGCAAACGCUUCAAACUAAACGAGCUAAACCCAGAUAUCUAGCCAGAUAUAGCUAUAUCGCGAGCUAGACAGAACGAGCUAGAGUAUUAAGAAAGAGAAAGUGAAUGUGUUUAAGCAAAGUACGCAAUACUCAAACCUAUAUGCAAAAUUCUUAACUAAAGAAACAAUGCAAAAAUAUACAAAAAUAUAAAAAAAAAAAAAUAUGCAAAAACAAUUUACCAUAUUUAAAGACAAUGUCGCAUAGUCGAAAUGUUGUUAAGCUUCAAGAAAUACUAAAUAAAACAAAUUGUAAUAGCUAGCAUAUAUAGAUGAGCGCAUGCGUAUGUAUUGUAAUGCCAUAAACAUAUAUGCAUGUAAACUAAAAAAAAAAAAAAAAAAAAAACAUUUAAAUAAUUGUCUCUCUCUAUAUAUAUAAAUAUAUAUAUAUAUACAUAUAUGUGAACGUCGCUGUUUUAAACUGGUAACCAAUCGAUUUGGAAACAGUUUCAGCAUAAGUAAAUAUCGUAAAAGAAACAAAAGUUGUUAAUCUAUACACACACCAUAUAUAUAUAUAUACAUAUAUAUGUAUGCAACUAACUGAAUGUUGGCUCCUUGCUCGACUUUUGCUUCAAGCUGUGCUCCCCAACGAGUUUGCAUUUUGAUAAAUCAACUCAACUCAGCAUCAGGUUUAUUAUUAUUAUUAAUAUUAUUGUAUAAUGUCUAAACAAUUGUUUUCCAUUUUGUUGCAAUUUUAUUAUUAUUAUUAUUAUUAUUAUAAUUUUUUUAUUUCAUUUUGCUUUAAGCUACUGCAAUACAAAGGCACUCAAAUAUAAUUUUUUUGUUAUUAUAAUUAUUAUUAUUACUAUUAUUAUAAUUAUUAUUAUGUUUAUUUAAUGCUCGAGGCGCGCGCGUUGCCAUAAAAAAAAGCAAAAAAAAAACAGCGCAUUUCGCUCUGUUUACAAUUUUUAAAAUUCAUUAAAAAUGUAAUUUUAAUUUUAAAUAAUUUGCAUGCAAAACGCUGUGUUAUCUACUUUUUAUCAAUAAAUAUGCUUGAAUGCAAAUUCAAAUACACUUUAAAAACUUACAAUAUACAACUACAAAUAUAAUAUAUAAACUAAAAACAAAAGGCAAAAUAAGAACACAAAUAAAUAGAUUAAAAUCGAGUCAGGCGCACAGUGCUUUUAUUUAAUUAAAUAUAUACACAUUUAUAUAUAUAUAAAUAUAUAUACAUAUAUGCCUUAUGUUAACUACAAAAACAAAGCAUAAACAGUCCAAACAACCAAACAACAAGAACAACAAGAACAACAUUUAUAUCAUGUUUCACAUCUCACAUACAACAAACAAAAACAAAUCACAAAAUGAAAAAGCGAAUUUUGUUAACUUCGGCUAACCGAAGAUUGCAUACACUUUUUUUCGAAGGCUACUUUAUCGACGCUGAUCUUUUUGGGGCAAUUUCGUAGGCGUUUGCACCACAAUUAACGCAAAUCUUAGGUACCUUUGAUGAACAAAAACAAAAA